UUGCUCGUCCGUGCGUGUCGCUCGGUGUAUAAAAUUAUCUAUAGAUUUUAAAAUCUGCUCACUAUCGUUUGAUCGGUUGUGUGUGCGUACAUGUGUUGUGUGGAAAAUUUAUGAACAAAUCUAUAUUAUCAAUAAAUGUAUUGUUGCGAAAGUGAAGAACUCUAACAGUGAAGCAUAGUGCAAACAAACAAACGAAAACACGGAUCAAUUGUUUGAAAACGCUUGUUUUGUGAAAAUGCAAGGAUUUAGAAAUUACAGUAUGGAUGCACUGCAGCAUCGCGAGACUAGCGUCGGAUUAGCCGUGGAUCUAAUGGCGCACCAAUAUAGUUCAAAAGCGUCUCCUCCAUUAUCCCCACUAAGCGAUUGCAACAGUCCACCUUCUUCGGAUCAUGGAGGGAAUAACCAGCAACCACCACUAGACCCAUCUGUUCGUCGUUACCGAACCGCGUUUACGCGAGAUCAGCUGGCCCGACUGGAAAAGGAGUUUUACAAAGAAAACUACGUCUCACGGCCACGUCGCUGUGAGUUGGCAGCUCAGCUCAAUCUGCCUGAGUCCACCAUAAAGGUAUGGUUCCAGAACCGGCGAAUGAAGGACAAAAGACAGCGAAUUGCGGUUGCUUGGCCCUAUGCUGCCGUCUACUCCGACCCUGCCUUUGCCGCUUCGAUCCUGCAGGCAGCAGCCAACUCCGUCGGCAUGCCGUACGGUUACCCACCGGCUCCUAUGCUAACCCAGAUGCCGGUCAUUCCACCACCGGUAGUGCCGGGUGCAAACAGCAUGUCAGCAAGUGCUCAUGCCUUCACAGCCUACGGAUACCCGCGCUACACACCAUACCCGCUCCCACAGCGCACAACCGCUACUUCAUUACCCGUCGCCCCCGGAACUGGACCGACGACUCCCGGAGUGUAUUCAGCACCGAAUUCUAUGCUGGUUACUGGCAGUAUGCCACCGUCGCCAUAUGCACCGCUCAGCAUGUCUAAGUCGCAAACACCUCCACAGGACACCGUCGGUACAGCACAGCAUCAACUUCACCAUCAAGGCCAUAGCCCUGUAGCUUCGCCACAUUCGGCGCUCUCUUUAAGCCCCGUGUCCGUGUCUAAGUUUGACACUUCCGCAUCGACCUCCAACUCUAGUAAUGCUAGCGUCAGUCCCGUCAAAUCACUAAACGGGUCAACAAAGGGACUGUUACUUGCUGCCGCUGCCGCUGCGGCUGUUAACCAGUCUGUUUGCCCCCAGACAACAUUGCUUCCUGUGACACCGGAGAAACCGAAACUGUUCAAGCCUUACAAAUCUGAAGUGUAGACAAAGUUUGGAAUACGGAAGCUCCUCGUGAUGAUGUGCUGAUGGCCAUAAUUUAGCGUUUGUAUCAAACGCGUCAUAAAAGUGCACAGAAUUAUAACAUAUUGUACAACACUAUGAAGCAUUUAGUUGAAGUUUAUCCUAGGAAGUGAAACUGUUCAUUUAUUUUAUUAAUUUAUUGACAUUAUUGUAAGCAUCUGUGAAGUAAUAAGAGUAUUGCAAGGUGUAGAUAUUGUAUAGUUUAUACUUAUAACUCUGUAUUUGAAAUAAUUCAAAUGUAUAGAUCAAUCUAUUAUGAAUGGCCAGAAGAAAACAAAA